UUGAUUGUGCUCUCCUUUUUUGCCGGAUGCGCCGCCGCCGCCGCCAUCGCUGCGAUCAGGCAACCAUGUUGCAGCUUCUCCCACUCAUUUCCUUGGUCUUGCUCCUCCUGCCAUCGCCACCAGUGCGUGGUCAGUGGCUGGAUCCAGAGAGCAAAUACAGCGGGGAUCAGACCGAGUACACUCGUCCCAACGCCGAUCUCGACUUGCGGCUGGAUGAGCCCGACAUCGCCCCCAAUCCGCUGGGUGGCCCCGAGCAAGUUUUCAUCAGCCAGGCCGAUCACACCGGCACCGCCUUCACUAUCAGCUGGUCCAGCAACCGGACCAUGGGAUCUCGUGUGUUCUACUCGAAUCAGCCCAGCUCCUACGACUUGUCCGCCACUGGCGGGUCUUCCACGUACUCUUACGCGGAUUACACGUCUGGGAAUCUCCAUCACGUCACCAUUUCCAAUCUCACGUAUAGCACUCGAUAUUACUAUCGGAUAGGAGAGGGAGGUAGCGAUGACCGCCAUCUUGUCUUCGCGAGCGAGUUUGUCACUCCGCCUCCUCCAGGACCAGACUCGUCGAUCAAGUUCGCCAUCGUGGGUGAUCUUGGGCAGACUUACUCUUCGAAUGUGACACUGAGCCACAUCGAGCAGUCUGGCGCUCAGUAUCUGCUAAACGUGGGUGAUUUCUCCUACGCGGAUGGCUAUCAGCCGAGAUGGGAUACCUGGGGGCGUUUCAUGACGAGAUACACGAGCAAAGUUCCAAUGGUUUUCGCCUACGGCAACCAUGAAAUAGAAUUCGACAACGCUGUUGACGCUGUCAAGCCACACGACGGUUUUCUGUCUCCAAAUACACGAUUCUCGGCACCCUGGCAAUCUUGUGGUGCUGUCGCAGCUAUUUACUACUCUCUCAACGUUGGGCCGGUUCACAUCAUCUCACUCAAUUCCUACGUUGGGAUAACAAAGUACACGCCCCAGUAUAACUGGCUUCUGUCCGACUUGGAGCAUGUUGAUCGAUCUGUAACGCCAUGGGUGAUCAUAAUCACACACGUCCCUUGGUACAACACUUACAACGCGCACUACAUGGAAGGUGAAGUUGUCAGAUCAGCAGUGGAAUAUUUUGCCAGAAAGUACAGAGUGGAUGCGAUAUUUUCUGGCCACGUCCACGCUUACGAACGAUUUAAACGUUUAUACCUUUACGAGGAGGACGAGUGUGCUCCCGUCUACAUUACAAUUGGCGAUGGAGGCAACCGUGAAGGGCCUGCUGAAAGGUUUCAAGUGAUUCCCAAGCCAGAGACGUCCGUUUACCGAGAGCCGAGUUUCGGAUACGGAAGCUUGGAGAUCAUCAACAGUUCAUUGGCACGGUGGCAAUGGCACCGGAACCAAGACAAGGGCGAUGUGAUCGCCGACUCUGUGUUGAUCGAGAGCCUGGCAGGCAUGAAUUCGUGCCCGCUACCACCGCAACCAUCUCAGCCGAGAUACGACGAACACGAGCUUCUCCAGAGCUACUAAAGUGGCUCUAGCGCGAAGAACACACGGCUUGGAAGUUUGUAUCUUUCAUUGACGAUAAAACAUUGAUAUUCUUUCUGGAGAUCGCAGUGGUGGAGCGUGAUAUGAUCAUGGUCUCCGUGUCUUCCACUGCUGCAGCCAUCUCAGCUAAAUCAAUCUCCAACAAUUUUUAAGCUUGA